AUGGCUCAAUCAGGGUCUUCAAGCUACCAGGCACAUCUCAAUACCUCUAGCUCGUCUCGUGGGGACGAUGGACUUCCUUCGCUUGACAGUCUCGUCAAUAGCAUCAGGACGUUGGAGAAUUCCGCCAGCUUGAACACGAUUCUCAAGAGCUUUGCUCCGAAGGAUGUUCGAGAUACAAUUUUGGCGGGUGCCCUGGCACAUGGCGAAGAUCCGUUGACCGUGCUGGAUGCACCUCAACAUACACUAGGGAUCCUAUACAUCCUAUCAGCGCGGUUGCAUUCGUCGACGUCUCCGAAACCACCACUUGAAUCCAUUGAGGACUUUUGCACUCGUUUCGAUCCAGUACAGGCGCGUCUUGCCCCUGAUCGAGUGACAUCUCUGGCCAAAAGGCUUGUCCGUGUGUCUGAAGAAUCUCACAGCUUGAAGUACGCACUUGGCCCCUUGUUCAAUCUUGUCACGCGAUACCCUCCAACUCCAUCUCAUUUAACUACUUUGCAUCCCAUCUUUUUGAGAACGUGCGUAGCUACCCACCACUUCACUGCGGCACUCCCCGUCCUAUCGGUGCCGAUCACGACGAUUGAUACGACGCUCUCCGACCUGCACUACAAUGACAACCUCAUCUACCACUACGCCGGUGGGAUGGCGUUCGGUGCGCUCAAGCGGUGGCAUGAAGCGGAGGAGUUCUUUGAGAUCUGUGCGAGUGCGCCCGCGCAGGUUCCUGCGGCCAUUCAACUAGAAGCAUCGAAGAAGCUUGUCCUCGUGCAGCUGAUUCUGCACGGAAAAACGAUUCCGCCGCCAAAAUACACUAACCCGGUGCUACAGCGCCUCCUCAAGUCUUCACCGUACGCAGCAUUUAUCAAGGCGUACCCGCAACGAACAGCUACCUUGCACAACCUGAUCCAGAAGGAUGUGGAAACUUUUGCCACGGAGAAGAAUCUCGGUCUGGUGCACCAGGCGAUUGAGCGCGCCCCACGGUGGCUGAUAAAAAAGCUCACGAACACGUACCUCACACUCGGGCUCGCCGACAUCGGGAAAGAGGUUGGGCUCGAAGAGCCCGAGGUGCGCAUGGUGAUUCUCAGCAUGAUCGAGGCGGAUGAGAUCAGUGCGACGAUCUCGGUUGAUGGGACGGUCACUUUCUCCGACCCUGUGCCGCAGUACUCAAAGGAAGACGUAGACAGGAUGCUCAGCCUCGCACAAGAGCAGAGCAACCUGUUGCUCCAGCUCGAGCGCACGAUGAACUCGAACAAAGACUACCUCACCAAGGCGGUGAAGCACAAGGAUGAGGCUGGUUGGGGCCCUGAUGGCGAGGAUCUUUUCAGCGGUCCCAACACGAGCGGUGGCGGUGGUUGGGUCGAGGAUUCUGGAUUCUAG